AUGGGCUUUUCAUCUUUAAUUGCAGGUACCUAUUAUUGCGUGAACAUGUUUCUAGUAACCCUGUCAACCUUCCUCUGUCUGAUCGUUGUGAACUGUCAUUUCCGCGGUGACAGCCAUUCAGAAUUACCACGUUGGGCCAAAUUGAUAUUUCUUGUGUACGGAGCCCGCAUCUUUUUCAUCAAUUCCGGUCCAGCCAAAGCCACUUCCAACACAGCGGCAGCGACAUCGAAGUCUAGUAAUACUGGAGGAGGAGGUGGUAGUGGUGGCUUUUCUAGAAGAGCAGGUGAUAUACCCCUUGCUGAAACAACGCGCACUAAUAAGUUAACGCGAUCCGCGGUCGCAGCAGACCAUUCAGCUUAUCGAUCGGCAUGCCAUUUACCGUCUAAUGAUCAAAUAGGAAGAUGUCAUAUGCGAGAUUCUUAUCGGGGCCGAUGCAGUUGUGAACUAAGCUGCCAUGUAAGUGGUUGCUGUCAGAACUUAAAUGAGAAUCCUGCCUACUAUCAACCGUCUUCCUCACUGUGUCCUGAAUGCCAUCAACAGCAGCCGAUGCAGCGCCAUCAUAACCGACGAAUGGUGGACACUUGUUGUCAGCAGCGUUCUUCCCACCACGACACCACUCAUCGUUGUCAACCCUCUCACGCAUCGAUGAGUCACGCUGCCCAAGCAAGCUGCUCAUGUGAUGAUUGCAACAACUCCUAUCGUGAGCAAGAACCCCCAUGCCUUCUACCACCCUCCUGCUACCAACGAAAUGCUCAACCCAAAUCCCCAUUUGCUGAAGAGGAUACGACUAAUCAGACGUGUCCCGCUUGCGCUGCUGCAGCUUCUGCUGAUGAUUGUGUAAUUCCUGACACCUGCUACAGCGAUGCUCACUGUACCCCUAAAGAUCCAGAAGCGGCUCUUGCAGACGUCUGGGCCUCUGCUGCUCACCACAGGUCUGGACGAUCCCUCCGUGGCAACAACCCCUCUACAAAAACCCCCCGUUGUCCACCUUUUUACAAUACAACUAAUCUUCUUACUGGAGGUGAGAGGAAUCAAGCUGGAUACUCCACAUAUUGUGCUCAAUGCCAGCAAUGUGAAUCAGAACAAUAUGCUGCAGGAAUGAGAGGAGUGAAUAAACCGGACGCCCGUGUACUAAGGAGAGUAGCGACUGUGACUCGAGACAUUGGGGAGAUUGUACGUGGCAUCCGCUACUUUCAACGAAAGAAUGAGGAGAAGGAGAAAUUUCAAAAGAUUAUCAAUGAGUGGCGGACGGUUGGUGGUGUGCUCGAUCGCUUAUUCUUCAUAUGCUACCUAAUAGCAAUCAGUAUCACCAUCAUCAUGUACUUCCCACGACCUUCAAGUGAUGAGUAA